GCUUUUUGCAUCAUCCAACAUCAUCCAAGACUCUCCACUGAAAUCCGGUGGAUGAACCCGCCAAUGUUGCGGCUGGUGGACAACGCCUUGGAGCUGUGGAUGGUGCCCUGCGAGUCGGGCCACUGUCUCUACGCGCGCCGCGGGCCAAGUGCCGAACUUCGCUCCGAGCGAAGUUCGGCGCCCUUGGCGUUGAAGCUGCGGAUGAUCAAAUCGGCGCACACCAGGCCGGGCGAAAGAUUUCCUCAGAGGUGUGGCAAGCAUUGUUUGGGUCUUCUGCAAAAAGAUCUCUUGAACUGGAUUCCUGCUGACCCUGCCCAGAAGGUGGGGCAGCAAGCAGAACUGGCGGCUGCCGUGUUGUGUUUUCAUUUGCUUCGCUUGAAUGAAUGGCUGCAGCAGCCCAGCGCAAGAGCUGAGUCCACAGGUCUCCUCUUCCGGAUGCGUAGCUGGAAACGUGCCUGGAAUUUCUUCCAGGU